AUGGAUUUUGUUCGUCGACGAUGUAAUUGUAAACAGAAAAGACAAGUUUUAGUUAUCUUUGAUUUAUCACUGUUUAUUUUGAUUAGUAUUAGUCUUAUUCGAUAUUCAAGUGAAUAUAUAUUUCGAACUGGACAAAAAAUAAUCUUGGGUAUUUUGAUAUUUCAAUUAAAUGAUCUAUUUUAUAAUGAACUCUUCUGGAUCAAUUUAAUGAAAUGGAAUAAACAUAUUCGACAACAAUUUCAAUUUACAUCUUCUGGAAAGUUUCUUAAUUGGAUUAUUCUUAAAUUUACAAAUACCAUCGAACAUUUUCUCUUAAAAAUCAUUCAUUUAAUAUUAAUUAUUCGUUGGAUUAUAGGAGCAUUUAUUAUUUAUUUAUUUCUUUUUUCUAUAUUUCGAUCAAAAUCUAUCGCUGACGAUGUUGGUAUCUCUUAUAAUGCAGGAAUUUUUACUUUCUUGAAAGUUAAUACAUGUAUUAUGAUAUCAAGCAUAAUUCUUUACAUUAUUAUUCAUUGGGAUACAUUACAGAGUCGAAAAACACUUAAUCAAUAUGGGGUUUUACGUUUUUGCAUUGGUAUUGACUUUUUACCAGGUAUAAAAUUAAGUGAAAGAUCAUUGCAUUCAACACGUACUAUUCCAGUCAAUUUCAGAUCAUCAUCAUUUCCUUUCGAACAACAAACUUGUUUGAUAUGUUAUGAUGAUAAAGAUUUAAAUAACUAUACUUAUUCAUUUGCUAAUGCUUGUCAACAUCCAGUUCGAUCGAUAUGUAAAUCUUGUCUUUUUAAUCAUGUUCAAAAAACGUUUCAAGUAACAUUUACUGAUGAUAUUUAUUGUCCUGAACCUGAUUGUCAUGUUAAACUUGAUUAUGAUAUUGUAAGAAAUAUUUUUUUAUCAAAUCGUGAUCAAAACCUUAUUGAUAGAUAUGAUCGAUAUAUAUUGAAUCGACAAUUAGAACAAAUGGAUGAUUUUAUAUGGUGCUCAAACCCUUUAUGUAAUGUUGGACAAGUAAAUGAACUUGGUGCAAUGAUUAAUAUAGUUACUUGUUUUAAUUGUCAUCGAAAGACAUGUUUUACGCAUAAAGUAAAAUGGCAUGAAGGAUUAACUUGUGAAGAAUAUGAUAAAAAUGUUGAUUUGAAUGAUGAAUCUAGUCGACGAUGGAUUGUUGAAAAUUCGAAAAAAUGUCCAAAAUGUCCAUAUCAGAUAGAAAAAAGUGAUGGUUGUGAUCAUAUAAAAUGCAUUAAAUGCCAUCAUGAAUUUUGUUGGUCAUGUUUAGCUGAUUUUCAACCAAUACGACAAGAUGGAAAUCAUCGACAUAAUCGAAAUUGUAAACACUAUGCUCCCUAUGAUGAAGAAUACAUUUAG